AUGCGACAGGCCCAGGUUGCCUUCAGUGCCGCUCACCCCGGUAAACGCUACCGACAUGAGAAGCCCGACAUCAAGAACCUCAUUGAGAAGAAGGAUGAGAACUAUGUGGACGUUAUGGUGUGGCACAGCCUCAAGAAAUUCUGUGAUGACAGCUACCCGGAGAUGAAAUUCAAGACCGACGAGGCCAGGAAGAAGUACGUGAUCAAAAAAGGCUUGAAGGUGCAGAAGGACGAGCACGGGCGCGAGGGGGUGGCUAUGGCCAAAGAUGGUGCGGACGAUACGAAAGAGAUUCGUGUUGGAAAACGCCUUUCCGCAAGCAAGUUGAAGCGUUUCAGCUAUGGCGAGGAUGCCGACAGAAAUGAAAUGGCAGCUCAGCACUUGAAGAACUCUAGCAAUUUGAAAGUCGCUGUGAACACCAAGGACUGCGUUUCUUUUUGUUUGAUUCCCCCCAAACCUGCAGCAGUAUGGUGUGGAACAGGGGAUUUCUUCUGUAGAUUGGAAGCCGCAGAUGGGUUCCCAUGUUGA